AUGGCAGAAGACUUAAAAAGUCUGUUGGGCGCAGGAAGCGUCCGAGAGCUGCAGCAGAAGCUGGAGAACUGGCAUCACGACUACGAGAUGAAUUCCAGUGGUGAAAAUAUGAGCCGAUGCUGUGAAAUAUUAGAACUGAACACCGCGAUUCAAAAGCAGCUCUUCUCAAUUCUCAGUGAAACAUCUCAAGAUGCUGAUAAAUGCGCAGAAGUAAUAAAAAGCUGUAUCGCGCCAAGCCCAUGCUGUGCUGCUUCAGGAGCACAGGAUUCAGCUGGAGAAGAACUACAGCUGUGUGAUUUGGCCAGCAAUCCGAAAUGUCGACUGCAAGAUUUGGAGAGCAAACUAGCUGAAACUCGUCUGCAGAUCAACCAGAUGGAACGAGAUCUGAGGGCUUCCUGUGCUGAAGGCUGCAAAGUCUUGAGGAAGUCAGAGCAAGUGAAUGACUGUGAGCAUCAGAUUCAACUAUUGUGGGAUGAGGUUUCUAUCCUGGAUGCCCAAAAGUCUAUUCUCCAGAGCAGGCUUGCACGGACCUGCCCUCCUUCUCCUUUCCGGUGUGGGAGCAGCCGACCUGUUUGCGUGAAGAGCUGGUCACCUGCCCAGAGCAGACGGGUCCAUGCUUCGCGUCGCGCCUGCCUCAUAGCGCGCUUCAACUUCAUCUAUGCUAAAGACCGCUUGGAUGCAGAGGCCCGUUUGAGGACAUUCAUCUGUGACAUGGAGGUGGUGCAGAGGAUAAUAUACCUUGCAGUUGUGGAAUCUUUCCGUGCAGCAAGGAUGGCCUUCUGGAAGCUCAAAAUACAUCUAAAAGAGUCUUUGCCUCUAUGUCACUUGGCGGGACCUGGGUCAGCUGAACUUGCUAUCCUGGAUUAUAUGGCUUGCCACAAGGAUGUGUAUGACGUUUGUUGCAGUGUCCAGGAAGUAAUUUGCACCUUGAGCAUGAAUCCAAAGCUUCCGUGUCCAGUAGAGGUUGAUUUUGCUGUGCUCAGCUGUUUGAUUCGAGAGUUGUGCUGUUUGGCUUUUCAAAUGCAGACACUCCUUCCUGCUCUUGAUAUUGCUGUUGGUGUUGAUGGAGAGCUUUUCAAUAAGUGCAUGUACUAUCGUAGUUGUGACUCAGAUUUCACAGCUUGCUUUGUGGCCUAUCACGUCUGGCCUGCUCUGAUGGAAAAUGGUACUGUAAUUGUGAAGGGAGAGGUAGUCACCAAAAGAACUGUUCCGUGUUGUCGCAGAAGCAGAGUUAGAAGCAAAAGCUGCUGCUGUGGCCGUCGUCUCCUGCCUGGUCAAGUAACUCGAAGCCGCAGUCUUUCAACAGUGAGGGUCAAAAGGCGCUAACUGAACAUCUUCCUGUGGUGCAGUGUAUCUG